CCUUUCAGCCACAAUGCCAACCAAUAAGAUCCUUUCUCUUCAGUAUAAACGGAAGUGAACAGUGACCAAGAAUAAUUUCCACAUUAGCGUUUGUCGGUAUUUAGCCGUGCAUUAACACAUUGUAAUUCAAAAUAUGACACAUUUAACAGCAUAACAUACACCAGGUAGUAUGUAAUACACGUUGGAGACUGGACUUGGUUGAUAAUUGUUCUCGGUAACUACUAACGUUAGCUAGCGAACAAUGGAUCAAUGUAUGGUUUUUCACACUCAAAUAGCCUCCAUCAUGGAGGUGCUAGCGAAUGCAGCCGUGGCAGAGAUCUGUAAACUCGUAGACGACGACUAUGCAGUGUUUCGUUUGGAAAUCACUCAAAGCCAGAAAGAAAACAGGGCAAUGCGGAGGAAACUACAGCUACUGGAACUGAAGGUAUCACGGGAGCGCGUCCUCGCCAGUCGUCCCAGAAGUGUCAAGAACCUCGACCGAUACAGAGGAAUGGCAAGAGGUGAAGGACAACUCACUGGAGGCCACAGGGGCUUUGUGAAGCCAGUGGGACACAAUACAUGGCGAGAUGACCAACCAAUCACUGUUGAUGAGGGGAGUGGAACCUCAACCCAGCAUGUUAUUGUGAUAGAGUCGGCACAUGCAGAGGCCUCAGGUCCUGGAAGAUUCUCUCUGGUCAAGCAGGAGAUGACUGAAGGAGAGGACCCACGAGACAGCAGACACAUCCAGACUGGAGAAGAGGCUGGAGUGGAACUCCCUUCGCCCCAGCCCAGGACCAGACGAAACAUCACUGAGGAGGAGGAAGAAGAUCCAGAGGUGCAGCUGGUAAAGGAGGAGGGUUUGGGGAACCCUGAGGGGACCAUGGUCAUGGAGGACAACCAGACUACACCUCCUCCUGAACCCACAGAGGAACCAGCUGAGCAGCACAGGACCACACACAGUCUCAUUGAGUCAGUAGACAUGGAGGAUGGGAAGCCUGAUCUGCUGAUAGUCAAAGAGGAGACAAUAGAAGACGGACCAGAGAGCAUUGAUCUGCUGAGUGGACUAAAGAUGGGGAGCAAGGUAAGAGAGAAAUACAUAUAA